AGUGACAAUGGAUGGACACCCAGCUCUGUUUACAAUCCCGCCCUUUCAGUCGGGUCCUGACUUAGAUACUUGUAAAGAUGCCUCAGUGCCACGUCCUGUCCGCCCGGCGCUGCCCUUUCCUCCUAAUCUCAGAGACGGGCCCCAGCUAUGUAGACCGCCAAGGCUGUUGGUUCUGGCCACGCAUCAGGAGGUCCGGGGGCUCGCAGCUGUCCAGACGCUCAGGCCGCCCGGCAGGUCAGCUCCCUCAGAACCUCGGGGGUGGGACAGGCGUCACAGGUUUUCAAGGCGCCCCAGGUGGGUCGGACGUGCUGUCAGGCUGAGCGUCCCCUGCCGAGACACUGCCACAGUCCUGCAGCCACAAGCAAGGCCCACGGGAGCUCCCAGGUCCGCUGGGUCCCUGGGAGAAUCUGCAUUUCAGCAAAUCGCCCGGGGACUGGCGUGUAUUCGGUUCCGAAAACACUUCUAGAUUGUAUGGCUGUGAAUUCCUCCAUGGACACAAAGUCCUACAGGGCCCCAACACUGGCUCUCAGAGGACAACACGCUCGUCACCGAAGCUCAGCUCAAGAGUGACGGGAGCCCCUGCGGCCCCGCGGCCGGCGGCCCUGGGCACCGGCAGGCUUGGCUCUCCAGCACCAGGACUGACGGCGGCGGGAGCCCCCCCCACACCGGGGUCCCAGCCGUCGCCUCAUCAUGGCCUCGGGCGCCUGCUGCAAUCAGCGCAGAGCAGGGAGCAUCUCGGCCGCGGCUGGGCAUCAGGGCCCAGGCCCCGCCUCGUGCAGGCCGCUCUCCUCACACCUCCCUCCCCAAGGAGGUGCGAGUGGGCAGAGCUGAGCACCUGGCAGGCCUCCUUGCUCAUUAUCAGAGCAGAUAAGGCUCUGGGCCAAGGGCACCCGAGAGGAGGAGUGAGCCACCCUGAUUUGCCCAGGGAGGGGGUGGAGGGGCACCUGACGGCAGCGGAACCUGCCGGGCCUGCCCGGGCGUCGGUGCUUGACGGCCAAGCAGUGAUAACACCCUGCUGGGCUCGCCCCGGAACCCAGAGCCGCAGUGCCCUUGACCUCUGAGGGGGAGACCAUAAAACCCAAGGGGAUGUCCUCCCCCAAGCGUCCCUUGGCAGGAGCGGGGCGAUGGCGGCACUGCAGGAGAAGAAGUCAUGCAGCCAGAGGAUGGAGGAGUUCCGGCACUACUGCUGGAACCCGGACACGGGCCAGAUGCUGGGCCGGACGCCGUCCCGCUGGGUGUGGAUCAGCCUCUAUUACGUGGCCUUCUACGUGGUCAUGACCGGCGUCUUCGCCCUGUGCCUCUACGUGCUCAUGUGCACGGUCGACCCGUACACCCCCGACUACCAGGACCAGCUCAAGUCGCCAGGGGUGACCUUGAGGCCAGAUGUCUACGGGGAGAAAGGCCUGGACAUCUCCUACAACGUGUCUGACAACAGGACCUGGACAGGACUAACGCAGGCCCUGCACCACUUCCUGGCAGGCUACUCACCCGCGGCCCAGGAGGCCAACAUCAACUGCACGGCCGAGAGGUACUUCUUCCAGGAGAGCUUCCUGGCCCCGAACCACACCAAGUUCUCCUGCAAGUUCACAGCAGACAUGCUGCAAAACUGCUCGGGCCGGCCGGACCCCACCUUCGGCUUUGAGGAAGGAAAGCCGUGUUUCAUCAUCAAGAUGAACAGGAUCGUCAACUUUCUCCCCGGCAACAACACGGCCCCCAGGGUGGACUGCGCCUUCCUGGACCAGCACCCGGAUGCCCCGGCCCUGCAGGUGGAGUACUUCCCACCCAAAGGCGUCUACAGUCUACACUACUUCCCCUACUACGGGAAGAAGGCCCAGCCCCACUACAGCAACCCGCUGGUGGCCGCGAAGCUCCUCAACGCCCCCGUGAACAGGGAGGUCGUCAUCGUGUGCAAGAUCCUGGCGGAGCACGUGACCUUCGACAACCCCCACGACCCCUACGAGGGGAAGGUGGAGUUCAAGCUUAAAAUCCAGAAGUAGAGGAGCCAGGCGGCUGGCCCCAGGUGCAGGGUGACCACAGACGCCGCGUCCAGCUACACCCGGCACCCGAGGCAGCUCCGCACCCGACAGGCCCCCGUGCGCCCAGCUCUCGGAACCAGAAUCCUGUGAAACCUCCGUCACUUUUUAGGUAGAAUUGUAGCCACGAUAAAAACGCUGGGCUAACACGGUGACCCUAAGGCAGCAGCUGUGCAACUAACAAGACCCCAAAAGGACUCAUCUCUUCCGCGCAGACAUCACCUUUCCUGCUGUAAUUUAUUUUUUCUAUACGUUAAUAUGAAGACCGGGAGUGCGUUGACAUGAAACGUGACUUAGGAUUUCAUGCAUUCUGGUUGCCGGCUUUAAAAAACACAAUUCCUAAACUGUAAAAAUCAAGUUUAUUAAAUUCACUCUUAAUCUAUGUAAAAGAGUCGCGUCUCUCCUGAUGAGGGGGAAGAAUUAA